CUAGAGAAACUGCCUGUUCUGGCUCAUACGGACUGUAACAUAUAAAAGCGGUUAGCAGCUCGUGAGGCCAGAAGUUUCAAAACCAGCACAAUUUUGUUCUUUGGGGGUUUAUAAUAGCAGACACUCCUUCACAAAGGUUCAUAUCAUCAUAUAGGAGAGUGCUGUAUAUAGUGGGAGAACAAUAGGCUGUAUUCUUUUUUUUUUUUUUUCUUGGUAUUAUCCAGAGAUUUGUUUUCUACUGCAGAGUACCUAAAGCAGAGUACCUCUGUGGCUUAUCCUUCUCCUUUGGCCCCAAAAUGACAGUAAUCACUGCAAUCAGUUGUGCUUUCUUAUUUUCCAUUCUCUGUGAAACAAGUGCAUUAAUGUUACCCAACUCCACUGACCUACUCCUGUCAGACCAUAAUUUUACUGACAUUGAGACAGCUUUGGCAGCUCAUCUGGACUCUGCAAAAAUUCCCAAAGCCAGGCGGAAGCGCUACAUUUCACAGAAUGAUAUGAUUGCCAUUCUUGAUUAUCAUAAUCAAGUCAGAGGCAAAGUCUUCCCACCUGCUUCCAACAUGGAAUAUAUGGUUUGGGAUGAAACUCUUGCCAAAUCUGCAGAGGCUUGGGCUGCUACAUGCAUUUGGGACCAUGGACCUUCCUACUUGCUAAGAUUCUUGGGCCAGAACCUAUCUGUAAGAACUGGAAGGUAUCGAUCUAUUCUCCAGCUGGUAAAGCCAUGGUACGAUGAGGUGAAGGAUUAUGCUUUCCCUUACCCUCAGGACUGCAAUCCCAGGUGCCCCAUGCGAUGUUACGGACCCAUGUGCACCCAUUACACACAGAUGGUUUGGGCCACUUCCAAUCGUAUAGGCUGCGCAAUCCACACAUGCCACAAUAUGAACGUCUGGGGAUCUGUUUGGCGACGAGCUGUUUACUUGGUAUGCAACUAUGCGCCAAAGGGGAAUUGGAUUGGAGAAGCACCAUAUAAAGUAGGAGUCCCAUGUUCAGCUUGCCCUCCAAGCUAUGGAGGUUCUUGUACUGACAAUCUUUGUUUCCCAGGAGUAACCUCAAACUACUUGUACUGGUUUAAAUAAGUUAAGGUUUACAUUAUUUUGAAAAAAAAACCCCAAACCAAACCCCAAAAACCCAUGGAUGAGUAACAAGAAGCUUGUAUAUUGAAUUUUGCACAUAUUAUAUAUAGAGAGAUAUUGUAAUAAUACUCUGAUGUUUUCUUUUUGUAUGCUUUUGUAUAAUUAGCUUUCAAAGUAUAGUAUAAUUUGGUUUUAACACUUUUGGAUAUAAGACUCGCAUUAACCCUUUUCUAUUAAUAAUUUGUUAAAGGAGAGCAAAAUAAUUUUCACCUUAGCAAGUGUAGCUUCCUGAAGAUUAGGCUCUAUAAAAAGCACAUUAAAAGAUUAAAGAAUAUGACUUCCUUUAAAAGAUAAUAGCUCCAGAAAGAGAAAGGUCAUUGUUUAAUACUGUGCUUUAAAAAUGGAGUGUGAUGUGCAAAGCAACAAAUUGUUCUCACACUCUUAUUGGUUCCUCUCAUUUACACUGGUGCUUUCACCUGCAAUGUCAAUGGGACUCUGAGCAGAGGAAAACAAAUGUGCAAGAGAAACUGCAGGAUUACCUACCUCAUGCACAACAUCAAUUUGUUUAUGGCAUUUGAAGCGUUCAGCACAUGGCUGCUGCUGUCAUCGAUGCUGGUGUACAGACAGGAAAAUUAGAGAUAAUGAGGAACCACACUAGCCAAGAUGCAGUGGCUGUUAACUCACAGGCCUAAAGUCUUACCUGGGUAGAAAGCUACAUCACUUUAAAUAUUGGUAUAAUAGCACAGCCUAAUUCUAAAUUCCUGUGUUUCUGAACACAGUCAUGAUGGCAUAAUGGUGCUUUGCAGCAGUAUAUUUAUUCUUGUACAGGAAGUGAAGAAAUAUACUGCUACAAAGUAACAUACAUCAAUACAUGACAUCCAUACUGUCUUUUACACUGUUAAGUUUGCCCGUAUAUGUGUUAUCCCACUGACUGAAACUCAGCCAGGUAAACUUUCAAGGAGAGAUCAGAUUUGAAAUUAGAUUAUAGGAUUUCCAAAUAAAGGACAUUAGGCAACUUUAAACUUCAUACAGAUUUUUU